GAGAACACCGCCCGCUUCCUCUGGAGCCAAUAGAGAAGAGGAACAGCGAAGCGCUUCCUGAGUUCGGGGGUCGAGGGAAGAUGGCGACCACCAAAGGGGGUUGGUGCUUGUGCGAGUUUCUGAGGUUUUUUUAUUCAUUAUUCCUCCCUGGCCUGACAGUAUGUGGAAUUUUAUGCAUAUGUUUGUCCAUUAUCCUCUGGGGAAUCAGACUGCUGCUACGAAGAAAGAAAGAGUCAGUAGCAACUAGCAAAAAUGGGAAAAAUCAACUGGUGAUUGCAUUUUUUCAUCCGUACUGCAAUGCUGGUGGUGGAGGAGAAAGAGUUUUGUGGUGUGCCUUAAGGGCUCUGCAGAAAAAGUAUCCUGAAGCAAUUUAUGUUGUGUAUACUGGUGACGUGAACGUCAGUGGUCAACAGAUUCUAGAAGGUGCUUUCCGAAGAUUUAACAUCAGGCUCACUCACCCAGUGAAGUUUGUUUUCCUGAGGAAACGCUACCUUGUGGAAGAUUCGCUCUAUCCUCACUUCACACUGCUGGGCCAAAGUCUAGGAUCCAUUUUUCUUGGCUGGGAAGCUCUAAUGCAGUGUGUUCCUGACGUUUACAUCGAUUCAAUGGGAUACGCGUUCACACUGCCUCUGUUUAAGUAUCUAGGUGGUUGUCGCAUUGGCAGCUACGUUCAUUAUCCCACGAUCAGCACCGAUAUGCUGUCUGUAGUGAAGAACCAAAAUAUCGGAUUUAAUAACGCAGCCUUCAUUACCAGGAAUCCUUUUCUCAGCAAAGUAAAGCUCAUCUAUUACUAUUUAUUUGCUUUUAUUUAUGGACUUGUGGGUUCUUGCAGUGAUGUAGUGAUGGUCAAUUCUUCUUGGACGCUAAACCACAUUCUCUCACUGUGGAAAGUCGGGAAUUGCACUAAUAUUGUUUACCCACCUUGUGAUGUACAGACCUUUCUGGACAUUCCCUUACAUGAGAAAAAGACAACCCCAGGACAUUUGCUGGUUUCCAUUGGCCAGUUCCGGCCUGAAAAGAAUCAUCCUUUGCAGAUCAAAGCCUUUGCUAAAUUGCUGAAUAAGAAGGUGGCUGGGUCACUUCCUUCCCUUAAACUUGUCCUCAUUGGAGGGUGUCGUAACCAAGAUGAUGAGCUCAGGGUAAACCAACUGAGAAAGCUUUCUGAGGAUCUGGGAGUUCAAGAAGAUGUGGAAUUUAAAAUAAACAUUCCAUUUGAUGAGUUAAAGACUUACUUGUCUGAAGCAGCAAUUGGUCUGCACACCAUGUGGAACGAGCAUUUUGGGAUUGGAGUUGUCGAGUGUAUGGCAGCUGGCACGAUUAUCCUCGCACACAAUUCAGGGGGCCCCAAGCUUGACAUUGUCGUCCCUCACGAAGGAGAGAUAACUGGAUUUCUGGCUGAAAGCGAAGAAGGCUAUGCGGAAACCAUGGCUCAUAUUCUUUCCAUGUCUGAGGAAAAGAGACUCCAAAUCCGAAGCAGUGCUCGGGCAUCUGUAAGCAGAUUCUCUGAUCAGGAGUUUGAACUGGCGUUCCUGUCAUCUGUGGAGAGCUUAUUCAAAUAAUGUCAUAUCUGUACAGAUGAAAGAUAUUUUAUAUGAAAUGGCGACAUACCUUCAUUCGUGAGUAAUUUUUCUAAGCUUUUUCUGUAUUGUAAUAAAGUCAGCCUAAGCAGUGCUCUCAGCAGUAUGUAUAUAGACAGGAUAUUUAUUUCAGUGAAAAUGACAAAGGUCAAAAUUACCUAAAUUGUUUCAAUGAAAAAAUUUUAGAUUAGGAUUUUGUCUCAAAUUCUGAAAAAUAUGGAUCUGAAAGAAAAAAAUGAACCAACCAUCUUAA